AGGUAACGGGCUGGGAGGACCGCGGUACGGGGUUAGACGGAAAGUCCCGCCUCAGCGUCUCCAGUGGUCGGUGGUGUCGCCCUUUUCCGGAGAGACGGGAUGGAAGACCAGGACCCCGCUCCGUGAGACUGACCCGGACCACUAAAGUGGGACGCGGUUCUCGAAACAAACUGUCAAGAAAAUGCAAGAACCUCCAAAGAACAUUGAAGAAUUCUUAAAGCUUCAAAACUUGGAUCACUGGCCAAAGGAAAUCCAUUUUGGGGAUAAUGAUAAAUUGUUAUGUACUCUGAAGAAAAUAAAAGAAGAUAGUUCAUUUACUUCAAUUUAUACACAUCUAUGGGGAAAUGUCCCGCGAGUAUAUGAUGCGGCCAUAGCCAUGGAGUCAAGAUUAGCAGAGUGUUCAAUUCUUCUGAAAAACCAUGUCUCUGAAAUAUUUGAGUGGAACAGAAUAACUUCCAGGACAAGUUCUCAUGGAAAAUUGGAACAAUAUAAGGCAUUUCUAAGGAAUUACUGUAAGGAAAAGAAGCUUUCAGAUGACAUGGAGACAAAGAAGGAUAUAGAGGGUUGCAACUUCCCAGGAUUCAGAACAAAUGAGCUUACUCAACUACCCAGACAUUUGAAUGCUGAACGAAUUUAUCUUUUUAUUUUAAAAUCCCAUAACUUUGACAGAAAAAGUUUUAAAAUCUGGAAGACUCAUUUCCUCUCAGAAGCCUCUGUUGCUCUUUUGCAUGAUUCUUUUUGGUGGUGGUUUCUCCAUAAAUUUAAGCCUGACAGAGAAAGUCAAGAUUCCUUGUUUGAUAGAAUUUCAGAAAGUUAUGCAUCACUUUUCAUGAGCAUACCUCUAAGUCAAAAGGAUGCAUUCUUUCAGGUGUAUCCUGAUUGUUUGGCACAAGCUAUCUAUGCAACAUUCCAGGAAGCAUUUCCAGAAUCCAGUGACUUCUUUAAUGAUGAAUUUAAAGAAGAUCUAGGGAAUAACAUUUUUCUCUGGUUGUCAGGUUUAAAACCUAAAAAAGACUUUUGGACCCACUGGAAGCUGAAUGAACUCUCCACAACAACCAUUCAUGGUAGCAAGAAAACACCUUCAGAAUCUAUAAAGGACAGGAUUGCAAGAAGUCAAGAACGCAUAUCAACUUAUAUAGACUUCAAUAUGACAAAAAUUUUAAAGAACCCAGAAGGAUAUACAAUGCCCGCAUCCAAGGAAGAAUCAAGAUUAUCAGGACUACCAACAAAGGCUCCAAGCAAAGGCUACCAAGAAACCUUACGAAGUUAAGAAUGAUUUUGAGAAUUUCCUACAAAAACUGCGUUCUGAAGCCCGAACUGAGAGAAAACUUCUGGCAUCACUAUCAUCAUCAUCAUCAACAACAGAAGACUUCAACCUUGAGGAAGAAGAAUGCCAAGAGAAACCAGAAAUAAACUGUAUUUAAGAAUGUAUGUUUAAUUCAAGUACGGUCUUUUACCAUUUGUUUUUAAAAAUCUUGAAAUCAAUACAUCCAGUAAAUUAUC